GACACUGUGUGGUAUAUCUUGUUUGUUUAUAAAACAUCUUUGCUGCAAUGGCUUCCGUGGAGUCGCAACCACGGUUUGGUCAAUCUGUCAAAGGAUUGUUGUCUGAUAAAGUGGGCUCCUGCAGCGGGGAUGUGAUCGCCCUGACUCGCCAGGUGCUAAAGGGAUCACGGAGUCAAGAGCUUCUGGGACAGGCUGCGAGAAACAUGGUCAUUCAGGAGGACGCCAUUCUGCACUCAGAGGAUAGUUUGAGAAAAAUGUCCAUCAUCACCACCCAUUUGCAAUAUCAACAAGAGGCCAUCCAGAAGAAUGUGGAACACUCCAAAAACCUUCAGGAUCAACUGAGGCAUUUACUGAAAUGAAGUGUCUGCACUGAGACACUUAAAUGAAAGACUAUGAGCUGCUCCUGUCUGUGUUACCAUGUUGCUUCUUCUGAGAAAAUAUGUGCAGACCCCCCCCCCCCCCCCCCCCCCCCCUUACAAUGAUCUCAAACUGUGUUUUUAAUACACAAUGAAAUUAAACACAGACUACCCCUUGCUAAUCAGAACUCUCAGGUAUGUUGUGGUGGGCUGUCAUUACAAUUGCUUCACAGGAACCUAACCAGCUGAGCUAACAAUGAAACAAAUGUAUAAUUUUGUAUAAAAUAAUCCAACAGGCUCCACAUUACAAUAAUCACAGUACCCCCUGGUGCACUGUUAAUUUAUUUAGCCAUUUAAUCCGUUUUUGAAGAAAAAUCACAUUUUUCCACUGCUUUCAUGUGUUUGAAACGAGAGCUUGAAUAAAGUGUCCCACUCCACAGCAGUUGCUUUCCAUUGGAGCACUGCGAUUGGUUGGCCAAAACUCUGGGGCGGUGCUUGGCGAAGGGUACAUUCUAUCAGAAUGUUCUCUAACAUUGCACCUUCCUGAUGUAGCCCCUGGCCUUUUGGACUGGAGGCUGCCUGGAAGUCUCCCCAGGUACAUGCUGUUCUUAAGAAUAUGCAUACCAGCAUAUGGUGCUGUUAUCCUGCAUAUUAGUGACUCUUAUUUAUUAAAGCUCUACUCCAGUCUCCAUUUUAGCUCAUUUAUCACAUGAUUUACUUAACAAAAGGCACAUCUCAAUUGGUGGCCUUUCCUCUUUUGGUCUUUAUUCUUGCAAGCAAGGGGGAGGCCAAUGACAUCAGAAGGCACCAUCAUAACCAAUGACCUACUCCAUUGGAGAUUCUUGUUUGGGCAAAGUACCAUCCUCCCCUCUGUGACCCGGAAACCAAUAAGUGGUUGAGGAGUGUGUCAUUUCAUUAGUAGGCAAACAGAAUAGUGUCCUCCCCCGCCUACCUUUCAUUGAGGAUACUCGUGUAUCCUACAACAGAAGAGUUUAGAAAAUCUGCCACACCUUUGAAUCAGCUUUUGUUUUGUCAGAGGAGAAAGAUGCACACAAAAAAAUAUAUAUGUUACUCAUUGUUUCACAUCCGGCCGUGAUUGGGAGUCCCAUAGCGUGGUUCACAAUUGGCCCAGUGUCGUCCAGGUUUGGCUGGGUUAGGCUGUCAUUGUAAAUAAGAAUUUGUUCUUAACUGACUUGCCUAGUUAAAUAAAGGUUAAAUAAAAUUUAAAGCAAGCGGUUUUCCAUCCACAUUAAUUUUCCACGCCAACUCUCCUCGAUUACCUUUGACCUUUAGCAAAAGGAGGUGAGAGGACGCAGGAGGUGAGGACAUCUAAUUGGGAAAAGGCCCAUGAAGUUUGCACUUGUCUAAAAAACUUUUUUUUUACCCCUGUGUGUGUACAUUAUAAUAUUUAUAUGUGGGAUAUUGUUUUUCAACAGGAAAAGUUCUAAAAGUGUAUACAUCAGAAUAUUUUCCUUCACAGUAGGGCGGGGGGUCGGAAUAAUGUCAUUUCAAUAUGAAUAGUUUAAUUUACACUGGAUCUAUAACAUACUUAAUAUUGAUUGACGUUAGCCUAUUUACUGUGAAAAUAUUAAAGUCGAUAUUUUACCUA